AAAAGUCGUUAAAACCUAAUCUAUAGCAUAACAAGGUAAAAGUUAAAAAAAGUUUAAAGGAAAUUUGGAAUUUUAAAAGCAGAAUAAUAGCAUUAAGAAAUAUUUUACAUAUUUUGGCUAUAAAAUGAAAGCAAUCUUCGUGGCGUGGUCACAUCGAUAUGAAAAAUCUAGAAUCAUCGCCUAAACGUGUUUUCAAAAUUUAAAAAUUCUAACAAAACCCUAACUAUUCAAACUUCAAUAAACUAAGAAUUUAUAAAAUUCACAUUAGAUGAGUACAGGCAAGAUGCCACGACACACUCGAUAUUAGAGCACGAAACGAACACGCCACCCAAGUUUUUCAUGACAAAAUAUAAUGACGGAGCGGGUAAUUGAAACCAAUCAAUCACUAAACUGAAACGCAUUCCACACAAUAAAUCAAAUGAAAAUCGAAUAAAGAUUAGGGCUAAAUACUUUCAGGCUUUGUUUCCAUUUAUGGACAGCAAAAAUGGUGGUACAUCGUCUUCUCGAGGACCGAACACAAUUGAAUGACAAGAUGAAAUGACAGACGAGCGACGAGCUGGAAGAUCUAUAAAUAAAAAUUCAUUCCUCUACAUACAUAUAAAGAUUAAUGUAACGAAUCGCAUAUACUAUUCCAUUUUUUUAUACCCUCUAUUUUAUUUAUUAUUUAUGCAUUAUUACUUUCAGAUGUUUUUUUUUUAAUUAGGUUAGUUAUUAUUUUAUACUAAGCAUUUGUAUUUUUUGUUAAUGGUUCCUUUCUACUUUUGAUGUAAAAAGGAUAGUUUUGAAAUGUACUCAAUGACACAAUUCAAUGGAAACCUGAAAUCAUUGAUAUUGAGAAAUUGACACAGUGAGCGACAGCAGGACAUGAUUGACAGUUACUAAUCUAUGACAGUUACAGACGAACAAAAAACGACUUAAAUAUCAAACAAUAGUAAACAUAGAUAAGCUAAACUAAUUGUUUAUAACUGUUUGUAAACAAAAUAUUUUCAAUUUUUAACACAUUUUGUGCUAGGAUGAUGGGAUAGUGCUAAUAAUGCAAGAGAAUAUUAAAAUGGAUGUACACAAGCUAAUUUUUGCUAGUUAGUGUUCAAAAAUGUAUCAUCUGAAAUAAUUAACAUAUGGGUGCUUUGUUUUAGAUGUUUGAUGUUUCUUAAUAAUGAUUAAAACAAAAGUUAAUCCCGAUAAGGCGUUACACGCUGUUAUAUACGAGUACCAAUCUCACCACAGUGCUUUGUUGGAAGGUCUAAAUUCCCUCAGGGAACAAGGUCAGCUCUUGGAUAUAAUUCUUGAAGUUGAAGAGCAAUUUUUUAGUGCCCAUAAAGCCGUCCUGGCUGCAUGUAGUGAUUACUUUCGAGCAAUGUUCACUGAGCCUAUGAUCGAAUCUCGACAGAAGCAAAUUCGUCUGAACGGACUCACGGCUAAAGGGAUUCGUUAUUUAAUUGAUUACGCUUAUACAUCCCGUCUUGCCUUGAACCAGGAAAAUGUCCAGGAUGUCCUAGCUGCCGCAACGCAUUGCCAAAUGUUAACUGUUGUCCAGGCUUGUUCCAGUUAUCUGCAAUCUAAGAUCGAUGUGGAUAAUUGCGUGGACAUCGCAACAAUUGCGGAGAAUUAUUCUUUGUCUCAACUAAAGACGAAAGUAUAUACUUAUAUGAGUGAAAAUUUAUUGGAAUUUUCGAAUUCUUGCGCCUUUUAUCGCCUAUCGCCUCAACAACUUGAAACAUUACUUGCCUACGAGUUUCCAGUUGAUUGUACCGAAGCUGAUGUUUUGAAUAUCAUUCUUUGUUGGUUCUUUCAUUCUGAUAAUUCUGAAUUAGAACUUCGAUUUGGUUAUGCAUUAAGGAUUCUGCGAAAAAUUCACUUCAGCGAGAUUCCAUCUAAGAAAUUAGAAGAAAUUUUGGAAAAGGUUUUUUCAAGUGGAGAGUGCGAGCGUUCGAUGUACAAAUUAGUAUUGUCUGAAGCCUAUCGUCAGAAAGCAAUAAAUCGUUUUGGCUCUUCUCACAAUCUUCUAAACUCACGCGGAAUGGAACUAGCGUUACUUAAGAUUGGUGGUUUUGGAAUGAAUGGUAUCACUAACGAAAUUACGUACUGUCUUUCCAGUGACCGCAAAUGGAGACACCUGACAUCGAUCCCCCAUGUUGAACAGUGUAACUUUGGAACUGCCGUUUUCAAUAACGAAUUGUACGUUGUUGGUGGCUGCUUUAAUCAAUCUUUACAAGAAGAUAUUCAUCCUUUUGGUUUCAAAUACAGCCCUAGAUAUAACAAAUGGACAACGAUGGCUCCUAUGCAAAUAGAACGGUGUAGGUUCUCUUUAAAUGUGGUGGGAAAUAAGCUCUAUGCAGUUGGUGGUGUAAGUGAAUUAGAAGACAUUACAAAUGAGAUGAGCGCUUGCGAAUGUUACGAUCCUCAUUCGGAUAGCUGGCACAAUAUUCCUUCAUUGCCUGAGCAUAAAACACAACAUGCUGGAGCCACGUAUGAAAAGGAAGAUCUUCUUUUUGUUAGUGGUGGUAUGGACAGAGAUAUAGUUGUUUCUACGAUGUAUUGCUACAACUCCAUUACAAGCACUUGGAGAACAUGUAGUCCUAUGCUAACUCCAAGAGCUGACCAUGCAAUGUUAUGUUUAAAACAUAAACUCUAUGUUUGUGGUGGUUGGAUGGAGGAAUCUGAUACAAGAGCUAGAAUACUAAUAGAUUCUAUUGACGCUUACAAUAUACUCGAGGAUAGUUGGGAAGUUGUGACGAGAAUCCCGACGCCAAGAUAUCACGCGGGUAUUGUUAUAGUUGAUAACAAAAUUUAUUUUAUUGGUGGAUUUAGUAAUGACGAUAUAUUCGACAGACGUGACAUUUCAAAUAUAGAUUGCUAUGAUGUCGAAAAAAAUGUAUGGACAACUGAAAGCAAAUAUCCUCAAGUUGUUUGGGAACACACCUGUGCCACACUCUAUGUACCUAAAUACAGAGACGACCUCGAGGUACUUGACUUUACUAGCUCGAGGUCAUGAUUGUUGAAAUUAUAUAUUAUAUAAAGCUCCAUAUUUUCCCAGUGUUAAAUUUUUAUAACUUAUAAAUAAA